AACUGCAAGGAUAGGCUGGCUGAGUUUGUGCAUAAUCGCGGCUAAAGCAGAGGGAGGAUUUACAAGGUUCAGCUCCAAGCCGUUGUUUAUACUCCGGCGUGGGGAGACAACAACAGCGCCCAAAGCCCGUCCACUCUGUCUUUCUCUGCCAGAUACUUGCGCCAACUGUCCUCGACCUCCGACAACCGCCCCUCACGCGACCUCCGCCUCGCUCCGCCAUGGACCAGCAGGCCACGACUCUGUUGACGACGCUCAAGCGCUCCUCAGCCGCGUCGGAUGCGAAACUCACCCAGCUGAACAAUCUCAAGUCUGACAUCAAGCACCACCGAGUACCCGACAAUGCGCAACCCAUCAUCUUCGAGUGUCUCCGAGUCGCCCUGACCCAACAAGCCUCCAGUACCCUUGCCACUGCUGCCUUCACCACGCUGGGUCAUCUUAUUAAGCGCCUGAAGAUCCAGGACCCCGACGGUACUGCCAUUUCACAACACGUCCCCAAACUCUUCGUCGCUUUGCAAGAGAGAUUGGGCGACCUUCGCGAGAACCAUCGCAACGCUGCGUCGCAAGCAUUCGCCGAUGCCUGGCACUUCUGUCCCCAGGACGUCGAGAACAUUGUCCGUGAUGAAGUCAUCCCCACUGGAAAUGUACGCGCAAAGGAUGCAGCCAUGCACUGGGUUGUGCGUAUGAACCGGGACGAAGCCUUACCUUUCAAGAGUUUUGUGCCUCUGAUGGUCGCCAAUCUCGAGGAUCACGACGGCGCAGUGCGGGAUUCAGCAAAGAGCGCUCUGGUGGACCUUUUCCGCCAUGCGCCAGACCGCGCAAAAGCCGACCUGAAGAAGCAGUUGAACCUGCACGGCGUACGCACAGGCAUCGCAUCUCAAAUCCUUACACAAAUCGAUUCAGACAAGGCUUCCGCGCCUGCACCAGACAUGUCACAUUCAACUCGCUCCCUACCUGCCCUCGAUCCACACCUCGCCGAAAGCAUCAACAGCGAAGCCGCUCGAGCCCCGCCACCCGAGGAGAUUCCAAUGGACCCCAUCUUCGUCCAUUCGCAAAGAGAACUAGAAGACACCUUCAGCGAUAUGCUGCCCUUUUUCGAAGGCAGGGAGAGCGAGGAAAAUUGGGGAAACCGCGAUAAGAGCGUGACCAAGAUGAGAAGACUGCUCAAAGGAAACGCUCCCACCGAUUAUCACACUCUGUUUAUGGCUUCGAUGAAACAGAUGCAGGCCGGCAUCAUCAAGGUUGCAACUUCUCUCAGAACGACAACAUCAAGUAACGGUUGCUUUAUGGUACAAGAGCUGGCCAGAACCCUGGGUCCUGCUCUUGACCCAAUGGUCGAGAUCUACCUGCAAACCUUCAUCAAGAUGUGUGCAGCUACAAAGAACAUUGCUGCUCAGAACGGCAACCAGACUGUCGACACCAUCUACCAAUACGUAUCGUACAACAUCCGUACCAUGCAACACGUUUGGGUUGCCUGUCAGGACAAGAACGUUCAGCCGAGGACUUUCGCCUCAGGUUGGCUCCGCACUAUCCUCAGCAGACAGGCUGGCGCAAAGUCGCACUUCGAAAGCACCGGAGGUCUCGAACUUGCUGAGAAGUGUGUAAAGCAUGGCCUCAACGACUCUCAGCCCAAGGUCAAGGAGGCCAUGCGAGCCACCUACUGGGCUCUGGCCAAGGUUUGGCCCAACAGAGCUGACCUCAUCAUGAACACUCUCGAUCCAAAAGCAAAGACGGCUCUUGAGAAGCACCCACAAAAUCCAAACGCUCCCACUACUGGUGCUUCACACGCUUCGACUUUACGCGCCUCCACUGUGAGUAGAGCAGGUGCUGCCUCGAAAUCUUCGGUUCGAGACGCAAUCAUAGCAGCGCGAAAGAAGGCACAAGCUGAGAGUCGUCCCAACUCGGCCAUGGCCACUGUAUCGCCAACUACGGUGAGGUCGAAGUCCUCGAACAAUUUAUCCGCUCGUCAACCUUCCGCCGCGCCACCGGCUUCUGCACGCGUGCCUUCAGCUGCUUCCACCUCUUCCUCCACAUCUACCAGCAACAAACCCAACGCACUAAUGUCUGGAGCUGCGAGACGACCUGUCAGGCGUCCAGAGCUGCCUCGUCCUGCUACAGCAGACCCUUAUGCCAGCCGCAGACUAGCCAGACCCGAGACACCAUCCAUCAAAAGCCCCAUUACCAGUCCACGACAAGAGACUGCGACGGCUGUCUCCAACACAUCUGCAAGCAAGAACCGCGGCGAAAGAAGUAGCCCGGCGCUGAGUCCAUUCCGUCAGUCAUACCUGUCUCCACGCUCAGCUGCAAACAGAAGUCGACCCUCGAGCAGAGACAGCAAAUCGGAGCAGCCAGCAGCGCCCAAAGAAGAUGACUUUGCUUCCUUUGUGCCGACUUCCUCGUACAAGAGCCACCUUCCCACCUCUCCAAACUCGACAAGAAGUCAUCUUCCAACUUCCCCACAAUCGACACUUCGUAGACCGACCUUAAACGGGUCUGCCUCCGUUGAUAGCGUGAUCCCUGUAAUCGCGGAUGACACCUUUACUAUGGAGUUACCCACUGUGCACAGAACCCAGAUGCCUUCAUUUGAGCGUCGCCCAUCGCAACUUUCAAAUGUUGAUCCCAUCGCAGAUAUACAGCCUGCAGCACCGCAAUAUACACGUCGCGCAUCGGACAGAAAUGAUUCGCCCAUCACUAUCAGUCAGCGGGCCAGCCCUCGUCCAGUCAGCCCACCAAAGACUGCAAGCGCUAGAGCAUCUCCUGUGCCCACAUUGGCUCCAGCAGCUCAAAUCGAGCCUUCUGCUCCUCAGUCUGAGGAAGCCACUUUCCAGAUCCACGAGGAUCCAUUCAUGGAGGGUAUUGAGGCUUCGGAAGCACAAAAGGUGCAGCAAUCACAAGAUGCUCGCAAUGUCCUGAGUGAGGUGCCUGUCAAUGAGUUCAGCCAAGUUUCCAUCGCCGAAGGCUCCAACAGAGACGAGGUGCCGGAAACGGAAGACUCAACACCACAGGAAACUUUGCGCUCUAGAAAACUGCUCAUGUCCGGCAUCGAGCGCAUCCGUGGACGCACUCUCGAUGCACAUGGAUUUAGAAAAGUGCUCGAGUUGAUAAAGUCAUCCGAGUCCGGCGAGAUCUUCGGCUCGGUCGGAGAAGGCAGACGUUUCGACGACUUGUGCAGUGUUCUGCUCGAGUACAUUGUAGAGUCUUCCGACGUUGCAGCAAACCCCAACGUCCGACACUCGCAAGAACUCAGAAGACAGGCUACCAGUGUGAUGAGAACUGUGCUCAACGCACAGCAAUCACCUUAUAGAAAGUGGAUUGCCGCAGGACGUUGGUACUCUCGCUCCCUCACCGGCGCACUAGACGCACGUCAGAACGUCGAAGGCUCUGGCCUCCUAGUCAAGGAUCUAGAAGCUCUGGCUAGCGACAUCGUGGCUAAAAUUCACCCGGACGAGGGCGAGAGAGCAAUCAUCCAGUGGCUUGAGAAUCGCGUGCAAGAAGCCGAUUACGAUACCCAAGAGCAAGAACUCGACGGAGCUGUUGCUGCUAUUCAAGCCAGACAUGGCGAUGAAAGUAUGGUGCGUAAGAAUAAAGCCAUGGCAUUGGCUCUCCGCAAUCUGGCCGCUCUGCUCGCUUCCACCACGGCUACUGCUUCUCCCUUGUCAAAGGAAUUGGGCGAACGUGCCGGUCGCGUUGCUGUAGUGUCUUUGCGCUCCAAGGAUGCAGAGGUGCGCAAGUCUUCUGUUGAGCUGGCGACGCAACUGCACAUGAGCUGGCCUUCUGAUGCCUCUGCUCCAGGCGAUCCCAAGAGCGAGUUCUGGGGUAUGCUGGAGAAGAAUGGGUUGCAGGAGAGUGCUCGCAAUUUGAUCGUCUACUUUAUCGCUCGUAGAGAGAGGAGUGGCUGAUUGUGUGCGAGCGGGUAGCACGACGUUUUCAUUUCUUUCCCUUCCCUCGACUUUCAAAUCUCGAUUGGUUUCGGCGAACAUGGGAAAUGGGGUUUUUUUUUUCCUUCGGCGAAUGAAUGACACAGCAUGAUAUCCACAAAAGAACAAAGGAGUAGGGGUGGGGCGUAUCAGGAGUAGAAAGUUCUUUAAUGUUUUACAUGAGCGAAAUCGCAGCCUUUUUCCACUUCAUCCUUCUCGAUCUGCUAUCAUGAGUUCCUCGCAUCUCUUGUAACCCCCUGGACCUCUCGUUCAGAAGAGAAGGAGCGGUCUAAACCUUAGCUUCUUGUGGUUAGGUUGGGUGCGCUCCUGCCUUCUUGGAACUCCCUUCGAGAUUCAACGAUGGCAGGCACAUGUGGAGAGGACGAAGGGGAAAUUGGAACCGGGAGAUUUAAAAGCAUUAUCGUUACUCGUACUACUUCGGGGAGCACACUCUCUUCCGCGAC